AGUGAAGACUGAGCCCCACCCUGACAGCUGCUGUUGCUGGCAGUGAACACAGCAUUGAAGACUGGCCUUGUUCACUGUGUCAGGAAAAGGGGAAGUUAUUUUUGGUAGUUUGGAAGACUUUAAAAGACAUACUUGCAUUGCUGUAUUUGGAGGGUUUUUGUAGCAAACUGAUGAUAAGAGUUCCUUUUAAAAGAGUGUGCAUCUUUCUUGAGCCACUUUGAAGGGAAUGAAGUUUUACACUAAGCCUUUUAUGUGAAUUAAAGCUUGAAACUUCAUUUCACAAUAUGAAGAUGCUACUGACUUUGUUCCUCCUCUUUAUUGGGAUUCAGACUUCAAAGAAUCAGGACACUGCCCCUGAGUCUGCAGAUAUUGUCUUUUUGAUUGACAGCUCCGAUACCCUGGGAAAGAAGGCAUUCCCUGCAUUAAAAAAUGUCAUGAUCAAAAUCAUUAAUAAUCUACCAGUUGCUCCUAACAAAUACCGUAUUGCACUUGCCCAGUACAGUGAUGAUUUGCAAAAUGAAUUUCUGGUAGACAAAUAUAAAACAAAGACCCUUAUGAUAAACCACAUCAGAAAGAAUUUGGUUUUCAAGGGUGGGUCCAUAAGAACUGGCAAUGCUCUGCAAAAGGUUCGUGCAACCUAUUUCAAAGAACCAAUUCAUCCAAGUGACAAACCACAGAUUUUGGUAGUUGUGACUUCGGGGACCUCAGAAGAUGAUGUAAAGCAGGCUGCCAAUGUUUUAAAAAGAAGUGGGGUGAAAAUCAUAGCUGUAGGACUACAGAAAGCUUCUCCUGAAGAACUGCAAUCAAUGGCAACCCAAGAAUUUUUUUAUGAGUAUCCCACAAUACAAAACCUCUCUGAGUUUUCUCAGAAUAUUUCCAUGAUCAUAAAGGAAGUUAUCCAAGCAGAUGUUAAUGGCAUAAUCCCUACACCUACGGUUGACCUUGAAACUGUAGAAGUCUGUGAAAGAGAUUCAAUUUCUGAUGUUGUGUUCAUAGUGGAUGAAGGUGCUCCAAGAGCAAACUUUGAGCAUGUUAAAACAUUCCUGGAAAACACAGUGUCCUUGCUUGAUGUGAAGAAGGAUUGCAUAAGAACUGGCCUGGUGACAUACAGCUCCGAGCCACGUGUGAUAUCUUUACUGAACGCAGAAACAAACCGUGCUGAUAUUCUAAAUAAAAUACAGGGGCUUUCUUCCAGGGCAGGGAAAGCCAAUAUGGGCGCAGCCCUUAAAGUGACAAGGGAAAAAGUUUUUGUUGAAUAUGCUGGAAGCAGAAAGACUCAAAGUGUAAACCAAAUAGCCACACUGAUUACUCACAGAGCCUCAGACGACCAUGUGAGUGAAGCAGCUCGUGAUCUUCGUAGAACCGGUGUCACUGUGUUUGCCAUAGGCGUUGAAAAUGCUAAUGAAACCCAAUUGACUCAGAUAGCAUCAUAUCCUCAGCCACAGUAUGUUACUACUCUAAAAAAAUUUGUUGACUUGACAAAAGAGGAUACAAACAGAAAUUUUAAAAAGAAACUCUUCAAUCAAAUACAGAACAAGCUCUAUGUCCAGACUGAGAGAAGCAAAGAUCUCAAAACAGGAUGUAUGGACACAGAGGAAGCUGAUAUAUAUCUGCUUAUUGAUGGCUCAACAAGCAUCAACAUCCCUGACUUCAAGGACAUAAAAGAGUUUGUGAAGGAAGUGAUUGAGAUGUUUAACAUAGGACCAAAUAACGUUCGGUUUGGAGUUGUGCAGUAUUCACACAAAAUAGAACGGGAGUUUACACUUGAUCAAUACCAGAAAAAAGGUGAUUUAGUGAGGGCCAUUGACAAUGUUAGGCAAAUAUAUGGAGACACUUAUACAGGAAAGGCUCUAGAAUACAUGCAGCCACUGUUUACAGAAGCAAAGGAGCAGCGAAGAGUACCUUGUCACCUCAUUGUCCUCACAGAUGGAGAAGCACAUGACAGGGUAAAAGAACCUGCCGAUAGACUGAGGGCUAACCAAGUUAAUGUUUAUGCCAUCGGUAUAAAAGGUGCUAAUAAAACACAACUAGAAGAGAUUUCAGCCUCAAAAGCCAGGACCUAUUUUGUAAAUGACUUUGACUCCUUGAAGGUCAUAAAAGAUGAAUUAGUUCAAAAGAUCUGUUCCAAAGAAGCCUGCAAAGAAAUGAAAGCUGACAUCAUGUUCCUGGUGGACAGUUCUGGGAGUAUCGGGUACGAAAACUAUGCCAAAAUGAAAAGGUUUAUGAGAGAACUGGUGAACAAAUCUGACAUUGGCACAGAACGAGUGCAAGUUGGGGUUGUGCAGUUCAGUGAUGUUCCCAGGGAAGAGUUCCAGCUCAACCAAUACUCUACCAAAAGUGAUAUUGUUAGUGCUAUAGAUAGAAUGAAUCUUAUAAAUCAAAAUACACUAACUGGAAAUGCAUUGACUUUUGUGGCUCAGUAUUUCCAACCUUCCAAAGGAGCACGUCCCAAUGUCAAAAAAAUUCUUAUCCUGAUCACCGAUGGGGAAGCACAAGAUGCAGUAAAAGAACCAGCAACAGCCCUACGACAGGAUGGCAUUAUUAUUUACUCGGUUGGAGUUUUUAAUGCAAAAAAAACUCAGCUAGAAGAGAUUUCUGGGAAGCCUGAGUUUGUUUUUUAUGUUGAAAAUUUUGAUUUGAUGAAGCGCAUAGAAGACAAUAUCAUUUUUGGGGUAUGCAGUCCUCCUGAGGACUGCAAAAGAAUACAACGUUUAGAUAUUGUGUUCGUCAUAGACAGUUCUGGAAGCAUAGAUGAAACAGAAUACAAGACCAUGAAAGACUUCAUGAUUGCCUUGGUGACCAAGUCUGAUGUUGGCCCAGACGGAGUUCAGUUUGGAGCUGUAAAAUAUUCUGAUGACCCAACAACAAAUUUUUAUCUUAAUACAUACAGUACAAAAUCCAAAAUUAUUAAAGCUAUCCAGGACGACGAACGUAUAGGAGGUGCGACAUACACUGCCAGUGCACUUAAGCAUUCACGCACUCUGUUCAUUAAGGCACGUGGCAGUCGCAUGAACGAGGGAGUUCCACAGGUUCUUAUAGUGAUAACUGAUGGCAAAUCUCAUGAUAAGCAAGAACUUCCUGAUGAAGCCCAGAAAUUAAGGGACAAAGGCAUUAUUAUCUAUGCAGUUGGAAUAGAAGCAGCAAAUUAUGACGAACUUUUGAUGAUGGCAGGAGUGGAAAACAAAUGCUUCUAUGUGGAUACAUUUGAUGGGCUCAAAGACAUAUCCUUCAAUUUAUCAAAAGAAGUAUGUGAUGAUACAAAACCACCAUGCAAAAUUAAAGGAAGUCUAGUUUUCUUGGUUGACACUAGCAGCAUCCCAAUGACGCAAUUCAGUGAAAUGCAGGAUUUCAUGAAAGAAGUUGUCAAUUAUGUCAACAGUUCUGAACAUUUACGAGUUGGCCUUGCUCAGUACAGCAGUAUAUAUAAGGAAGAACUCAAGCCGGAUGACUCUGAAAACAAAAUAGCAGUGCAGAAUACAAUUGAAAGGAUGAAACGGGAGGUAGAAGAUGAAAUUAAACCGUAUUUUGGAGCCGCACUUAAGAAAGUAAAGCAUUACCUUGAAUUGAUAGGACAUGAAAGCAUACAUGAGAAUUUCACAAGGUUGCUGAUAAUUGCUGAUGGAAACUCACGUGAUGAUGUCGCUGGUCCAGCAGAAAUUUUGAGAAAUAUAGGAAUUAAAAUCUAUGCUAUAGGCGUUGGACAGAUAAAUCACCCAGCGCUUACCCAAGUAGUUGGCACUUCAGACAAGUGGAAAUACAGUGUUACUGAUGUUAAUCAGCUGAGAAGCCUCAAGAAAAGGUUAGCUGAUGACUUCUGUGAAAAGGAUAAAGCAAUUUGUUUUGUGGAUAUCGUCCUGGGAUUUGAUAUCUCUUCACAACAGCGAGGACAUAAUUUGUUUCAUGGACAAUCCCAGCUGAAAGCAUAUCUUCAAGAGAUUCUGCGAGCCCUCACAUCCCCAAGCAGCGUGAGCUGCAGUAAAGAGACAGGCACACAGAGCAGUGUGGCGGUUCAAGUGAAGAACACAGACAAGCUGGUGUCCACAAAAUUCCGCAUUGAUAGUCAAGAAAUCCUAAACAGCCUGACAAAUGUUGUGGUCAAUGGGUCAUCCCAUCUCGAUGUCAGCUUCCUGGAGCUGCUUUGGCAAACAUUUGAAAACAAGUCUGAUGAUCAAAGACGAAGUAAGGUGAUGCUUGUUUUUUCAGAUGGCUUGGAUGAUGAGGUGGAAGUACUUGAGCAAAAAUCAGAAGAACUCAGAAAAAAAGGAUUGGAUGCACUGAUAACCAUUGCUCUGGAAGGAGUCUCUAACAUUCACGAGCUUCAAUUCAUUGAAUUUGGAAAAGGAUUUGAAUAUAGGACUCAGUUAAAUAUUGACAUGAGUAAUAUUAUGAACCUGCUGUCCAAGUAUGUGAAUGCUGUUGCUGAAAGGAAAUGCUGCUGUGUCUUCUGUAAGUGCAGUGGAAACAGGGGUCCUGCUGGACAGCCAGGAAGUAAAAGAGAGAAGGGACUACCAGGCCCAAAAGGCAGUCCUGGACACUCAGGAGAAGAAGGAGAUCCAGGUCCAAGAGGACCGACUGGACCAAGAGGAGAAAUAGGCACUCAGGGCUGUCAAGGAGUAAAAGGCGUUAAGGGGAGCCAAGGAAUAGGUGGUCAAAAGGGAGAAGAAGGGGACGGUGGAGUUGAUGGAAUUGAUGGAGAACAGGGAUCGUAUGGGUUUCCAGGGAAGAAGGGAGAAAGGGGUGAUGAUGGUUACCAGGGUAGUUCAGGGCCAAAAGGACCCCCUGGUGAACGUGGUGAGAAGGGUUUUCGAGGAGAUCCCGGGACCUCUGGAUUGGACAAUGAUAUAAGAGGGCCUAAAGGUUCAAAAGGAGAACGGGGAAGACAGGGUGAUAGAGGACCAAAAGGGUCAGCUGGCUCUCCGGGCUCUAGAAACUCUUUGGGACCAGCAGGUCAAAAAGGACAACCAGGUAUACCGGGUGUGAAAGGAGAUCCUGGUUUUGAUGGCUCUAACGGAGAUCAAGGAUUUAGAGGACCCCAGGGACCUGGAGGAAUUCAAGGUGUGAAAGGAGAUCCAGGGAGUCAAGGAAAUAAAGGUCCUCAGGGGAUCCCAGGAAGUGAAGGUUCAAAAGGGAAUCCUGGAAGUCCUGGAGUAAGAGGAAGUAAAGGAGAAACUGGUGAACCUGGACCAAAAGGACUUGUAGGACCAUAUGGUUCCCGGGGGAUGCAGGGAGAAGAUGGUAUUGACAUACAAGGUAGAGUAGGAAGAAAAGGCGUAAAGGGACAAAAUGGAUGCCCUGGAGAUACUGGAAUGCAGGGUGAAAUGGGUGAUGCAGGAAUUCCUGGUGAGCCUGGACCAAAAGGAAAUGUGGGAAAAAUGGGCCCUGCAGGCAAUGCUGGGAAAAUAGGCGAUCCAGGAGACCCAGGACAUCAAGGACGUAGGGGGCCAAGAGGACCAAAAGGAGAGUCCUCAUUUCCAGAGUGUGGCCUAAUUAACUAUGUACGCAACCACAGCCAAACACUUGCUUUUUUAAAAUUUUUGGAUCAUGUUCAACAACCAUCUGUUUUUUAUGUUAUAGGGAAACCAGAAUGUCCAGUGUAUCCAACAGAACUGGUGUUUGCCUUAGACUUAUCUGAGGAUGUCACCCCUCAGAUAUUCCAAAGGAUGAAAGACAUAGUCAUAUCAAUAGUGACUGACACCAGAACGAGAGACAGCAACUGCCCCAUUGGAGCUAGAGUUGCCGUGAUGCAGUAUGGUUCACAUACACACUACGUGAUCCGAUUCUCAGAGUUCUACAACAAGAAACAUUUCAUUCAAGAAGUAAAAAAUCUGUCUCAUCAGAGAUCCAAGACUGUCCGGCAUAUUGGCAGUGCUAUGAGAUUUAUUGCCAGGCAUGUCUUCAAGAGAACUCUGCAGGCUCCUAAUGUAAGAAAAAUAGCAGUGUUUUUCAGCAAUGGGCCAUCUGCAGAUGCAUCUUUGAUUAAUACAGCGGUUCUGGAGUAUAGAGCAUUAGAUAUCAUUCCAGUAGUUAUUGCUUUCAAUGAUGUACCCAAUGUCAAUCAGGCCUUUAAGAUGGAUGACACUGGAAAGUUUCAGGUAAUAAAUAUAGAUCCAGAAGGGAACUAUAUACCAUUUUUACAACCAUUUCUUCUCUGCACACUGUGUUAUGACAAGUGUAACCCAGAUGCCUCCUGUAUGCUUCCUGAACCCUCUCCACCACAGACCUAUGUGGAUGCUGCUUUCAUUUUGGAUAGCUCCUGGAAAAUGAGCAGUGAUGAAUUUGAGACAGUGAAAGUCUUCCUCAGCAAAGCACUUGAUGCCUUUGACAUUUCCUCUUACCCAGUUAUUUCUGCUACAGGUGAUAGAGUAGCUAUGGUGAGCCAUGCUACACCAGGUUUCAAACCCAGGACACACAAGAGUCCAGUAAAGAUGGAGUUUGAUUUAGUCACCCACAGCAGUAAACUCUUAAUGCAGAAUCAUAUAAAAAAUUCUCUUCAACAGCUGAAUGGAGAAGCUGCUCUUGGAUAUACCAUUGAGUGGGUAAUGGAAAAUAUUUUCUCAGAGGCUCCAAACCCAAGAGACAACAAAUUCAUCAUUGUCAUAUCUGCUGGAGAAACAAGUUCAUGGGACAAGGAAAUGUUAAAGGAAGCAUUGAUGACAGCCAAGUGCCAAGGAUAUGCUCUGUUUGUAAUUUCUUUGAGGCCAUUGUGUAAUGACGAAGAACUGGAAGAGCUUGCUAGCAUUCCCUUAGAACAGCAUUUGGUUCAGCUUGGCAGAAUUCACAAGCCUGAUCUUGGAUACAUAGAGAGAUUUAUGAAAGCAUUUGUACGUCUCUUACGAAGUUCAAUUAACAGGUAUCCACCAGAGGAGCUUAGGACACCUUGUGAGACUACCAGUUUUCCAAGACCAUCCCCUUCUGUCAACCACGCUGAAGGCUCAGCAGAAGAGUAUGUCUCAGAUGCAUAUCUUGCAGCUGUAGGACAUUUAUUCAGCAUGCUACAGGCUGACCUCCAUGAUGACUUUCUAGAUACUGAUUUUAUCAGCACUGCAUAUGAGGAUUCAGCAACCGGAAACGAAACGGAGCAUGCUGAUAUAACAAAUAGCAGUAAUGAAGACUGUAUAUGAUUUGAAAUGGACGGACUUCAAAAUUCAAGUUAGUGACUGAAACUGGACACUGGCCUCAGGCUGAACAAAACAAAUUAUGAGGCAUGAUUCUGAUAUGCAGUAUUUUUCCAAAGCAGUAAUUCUUCUUUUCUAGGUCUCUUUCAAGGUUGUGCAACAGUGAACAAGAUUUCUUCUAGGUGCAUCAUGGAAGAAAUCUUGCCAUGAUGUUUCACAUCCCUUAUAACUUUCAUUUUUUUAAAUUUGAUUUUUUUUUUAAAGUAAAGAAAUUUGCCUAAUACAAAUUCCAGGUCUGAUUCUCUCCAGCAGUAAGUGCUCUCAACUCCCAUUCACUUCAGUGGGAGGUGGAGGCAUUUGGUAACUUUCAAGACCAUGACCUUAAAGAACUACCAGCUUUCAUUUUGGUGGAGCUGUCUGACAACAGAAGACACUGACUUGGUUACUGGAAAGAGAUGUUAUACAAAGGGCUCCUGUACACAUGCACAGAGCCUGCUCCGAUGCACUGAAAAUCCAGCACGUUGGAGCAGACUCCAUUGAUCAAGUCUGCUGGAAUAUGGAAACUGAUGUGUUCUUGCAGCCUCCUGUGUUCUAUGCAUCAGCGUCCCAGCAUAUCUUCACGCUGAAAAAAUGGUGGCAGGCCACUUGGAACUAAAGCUGAUCAAACAUAUUUUAUUUCAAAGUGCUCUACUAGCAUUUUUAAGCGCGGGGACACUGAUGCACAUGAUGCCUGGGCAAUUCUUAAUUGGCAUGCCUUGCUAAUUAAAGCGCCCAGUGCCAUAUCCCACAGCAUGUGCAAUGCCUUAAGCUGUGAUUCAGGUUCAUUACCAUGAAACUAUUUUCCUCAUACUCCUUUUACAGGCAUAAAUUUCACUAACUAAAGAUAAGGCAGCAAUUUAUUUGCUAUUAUGCUUCUUUAGACAAACAGAAACUAAUUAUAGGGCUGCUUUUUGACUGGUUUACUUAAGACAAAGGGGACUAAAUAAAGUAAGAACACAAGAGUGCAUCUCCUUGAAAACAACAAUUCUGCCUCAAAUUUGGCCUUUAAUUCUGCAUGCUACUUGGGUAUUCAAGAAUGGAGGAAAGUCUAAGUUGAACUGGUAAAAAUUUUUGAGGGAACAGUUUUCUGUUUGAAAAUGGUUCAACUAACCUGAAACAAUGCAUGGAAAUGUUGGCAGGGAAAUUGGCUUGUUAGCUCAGAAAUUUUCAAAAAAAUGUAUUGUAGAUCUUGCAAAAAGUGCUUUUUAAAUUGUUUCAAUUUAGGGAAGAUUGUAUAUUUCUGACUUGGACAGAAAAACUUCAGAAUUGCAAAAUUUCACAUAAUGGAAGUGCUGGUGCCUACAAAGCUCUACUUGAGGGAGUUUCAUUCUAUUUGUACUUUAAUAUGAUUUUGAUAUGAAAAUGUCCUAGGAUUUAUUUUUAUAUAGUGAAACCUCAAGUUUAACUGGCAUGAUAUCAACAGUAGUAUAAAAAGACUAUGGUAGUGUUAAAGUGAGGUAGCUGUGAAGAUCCAGGAAUGAUAUGAGAAGUAAGGCAUUUUGGGGGGUGAUAUCUUCUAUUAGACCAACUGCAUGGUUGGAAAAAAACAAGACAAGCUUUUGAAUGCAAGAUGUUUUCAACAGGAUCUAAAGUACUUCUCUCAAGUUUCAUACAUGUAACAGUAUUAUGAAAACAGCCAAAAUUGCUAAAACCAAAACUGUGUUCCCUAUAAGCAGUAUUAUCUGUAAGGGUAAAAGUAAAAAAAUGUCAUCUUAGAUGAAUAUGGAAAACAAGCUGAGCCCCAAAAAAUCUUUUGUAAUAUAAAAGUCAAUGUCAACAGUACCAUACUCGCACACUAUACUGUAUACAGUUCAGAUCAGCUUAACGUUUUAUGCUUCAGUUUUUGAAGUUUCACUGCUCACCUCUUUUCUGUAUAAAUCUCUCACCUUCAGUGAAAGCCAUUUCAAAGGGGAUAGUUUUACAAUGCACCUUCUGUUACUUUGUUACUAUCAUACCGAACUUUUUUAAUGCACUUUAUACAUGUCAUUACACUAAUUAAAACUACUUACCUGAAACAUCA